AUGGCGCCAUCCGACGGGCGCUUCCCUUGCGGUACGUCCACACACGACCACCAGCCCCUGGACCACAGUCGAGCAGUCUGGACGUUCUUAUCGACAUUCUUAAUCUCUUUUGUAUGGACGGGCUUGCUGCCUUCGCCGAGCUUUCUUUCCCGUCGUAACUCCUCAAAGACGGAGUACGUCCGGACACAAUGGUCCUCUUGCAUGGCGCGGCAGGCUCUGAAGUACUGCUCCAUGUGGUGGCGGAUGCUGCCCUGGCCGUACCCUUUUCUCCCCAGCCGCGGGCGGUCCAGGGGGUCAGGCAGAGCGCAAAAGACUGCGCUGGAAGGGGUUCGCGCUGAUGGCUUUACGCGGCCGAAAACAACGGCCGGGGAGACAACCGCCGCCGCAUCUCAGCCUGCCUGGCCAGUUGUCGUCGACGCCGCGCACGGAGCGACACAGACACACCGUGCUACCGCAGCAGGGCACAGCACGCGGCGGCGAUCAGUCCCCCGUGGGAGACAAGCGGUGAAGGGUGUGGCGUGCAGGCCGCCAAGCAGGGCCCGCGUCGCCAACUACAGCACCCAGCCGUCCUGCCGGACUCGAGACACGUCUGCGAGGCCCCAGGGUCUGGCUUGA